GGCCGCGCGCCCGGCGGCGCGGCGCGUGACGCCGCCACGAUGGCGGCGCUGGGCAGGCUGGGGCGCGCGCUGCUGCGGGCCGGGCGGGCGGCCCCGGCGGGAGGCGGCGGGAGGCGCGGGGUGCGGGCGCUGCGGAGGAGCCCGGUGCGGGUCCUGCCGCCGCAGAAGGAGCGCGGUGCGGCGGCCGAGGCGCAGCGCAGCCCCCGGGAGCCGCCCCCGCCGCCGCCGCCCGCGGUGGAGCGAAGCUCGGCCGGAGCGGGGCUGUGGUACGAGAAGGCGGAGCCCGGGGACAGGAGGCUGGGAAAAGUGGUCACUAUUGCCAAAUCAAAGAAGUUUCGGGAUCAUCACGGGAAGGUUCUGCUGGAGGGUCACAGGCUGAUCAAGGAUGCCCUGGAGGCAGGAGCUGUGCUGCAGACUCUCUUCUUCAGCACCGUGGGGCACCUGAAGGAGCUGCCUGAGGCAGGGCUGAAAGGAGCCAACUUAGUGAAGGUGAAAUUUGAAGACAUUAAGACCUGGUCUGACCUCGUAACUCCUCAGGGGCUGAUAGGGAUCUUUUCCAAGCCCAGCCAUGCCAAGAUGUCUUACCCUGCUGCUCAGCUAACCAGCUCCUUGCCCCUGCUCCUCAUCUGUGACAAUAUCCGAGAUCCAGGAAAUCUGGGGACUAUUCUGAGAGCUGCAGCAGGAGCAGGCUGUGAGAAAGUGCUGCUCACCAAAGGCUGUGUGGAUCCAUGGGAACCAAAGGUGCUCCGUGCAGGCAUGGGGGCUCACUUCCGUCUGCCCGUCAUCACCAACCUGGACUGGGAAUCCCUUCCCAAAAACCUCCCUGCUGGCAUCCAGGUCUGCGUGGCUGACAACAAAGACCCCGGCGCUCGGGCGGAGAGCAUGUCCGAGGGGAGCAGAGCUGGUGGGGCUGGUUCUACUCCUGGCAACCUGAGGCCUCCUGUGAAAUCCCAACCCAAGGCUGCUCCUGAGCGUGAGGAUGAGGAGGGAGAGGCAAGUGCCUGCAUCCCAGAGCUGGCCACGCAGUACUACUACCAGGACUGGCCACGGCCACCAGUGGCCCUGGUGAUCGGCGGGGAGACCCACGGGCUCAGUCCGGAGGCACUUCAGCUGGCGGCCAGCACCGGGGGGAAGAGACUGGUCAUUCCCGUGGUGCCAGGAGUGGACAGCUUGAACUCUGCUAUGGCUGCUGGCAUCGUGCUCUUUGAGGGGAAGAGGCAGCUGCUGCAGAGGCACAAGCAGGAAGAUGAAAGGCAGAAGUUCCCUGUGGUUGGUUGAACUGCUGAGGUUCGGGUGCUGAAGCAGCAUGUCUUCCCUUCAGUGCUCUGUGGAGUUAAUAAAAGAGCAGCUCGGGCUG